ACCCCCAUCUUUAUGGGCUAAGACAAUAUACAAGUCACAGUACCGAGGAGCAGUUCUAGGUUGCAAAUGUAAUGCAUUCGGGAUUUUGUGCUCAAUCGAUUUACACCGCUUAAUAACAUGGGUGGCUAGCGUAGCUUUGUAGCUAAGCUUAGCGGUUUGUGUCCAAUUUUUGCAUGGGUGGUCUUGCUGCAGAGGGACACUGGAUUCUGCGCGGCUGUUGAAUCCCAUAUGUUCGAAACUGCUCUUAGCGCUUCCUGGCUCGCUGGCAGGAGAAAUGACAACUCUGGUUAAUCACUCGUUGUUUUUGUUUUUUUAAAACUUGUGUCACCUUAGCUCGCUUUUUGAUGAAGACUUGAGUGAGCGGUGGAGCCGCUGAGUAACCAUGGACAGUUUGUCCAGCCACAGCUCCUACCUCCUCCAGCAGCUUCAGGAGCAGAGGAUUCAGGGUCUGCUCUGUGACUGCAUGCUGGUGGUCAAAGGCGUUUGCUUCAAAGCCCACAAAAACGUCCUGGCCGCCUUCAGCUCCUAUUUCAGGUCCUUAUUCCAAAAUUCCCCCAGUCAGAAGAAUGACGUGUUCAACCUAGUUAUCCAGGAUGUCAGUGGCAUUGGCCAGAUAUUGGACUACAUGUAUACCUCCCAUCUUGAUAUUAACCAAGAUAAUGUGCAAGCACUCCUAGAUAUUGCGCAGUGUUUGCAGGUUCCGAAUGUGCAGAGCAUGUGCAAUGCUUUCCUCAAGCCCUGUCCUCCACCAGUGGAAAUGCCUUCGUUUUCGCUCUCAGGCAUGUUGGGUUCAGAGCAUGACUGCCUGCUUGGAAGCAAUCUUCCUAACGAUGUUGACCUGCCCUGUCCCUCUGAAUCCCAGAGGCCUGGCUUCAGCAGUGACAUGGACCACACCAGAAGGUUGCCAAUUUCUGUGCCUAACAGCAGCUCACACUGUGAAAUGGGUAGCAGCUCUCAGGCACCAGUAGAAAAGCAGCUAGUUCAUGGGUACAAGCUCCGCAACUUCUACAGUAAGCAGUACUUUAAACAAAGUGCAAUACAGAGCAAUAGUGCAAAUUCAAACCAGGGACCUUCAGUGGUGGAAGAGCAGCAGUGUCAACUUGCGAUAAGCCAGCCAGGCAACAGCACCCCUGUGAACUCAGGAAACACAGUUCAGCCUAAUCAGUCUUCCAUAUCAGUGAGUGUGGACAGGAACCCUGACUCUUCUCUCACACCCUCAGAUAAUCUAAACACUCCUAACCCAGACUCCUCAAUGAACAAGCCAGUGCGCCCAAAGAAGGCCGUCUACCUGAAGAAAUAUAACUAUCUUCGGUCUCAGAAGGCUUUGGAGGAGAUGUGCACUGAAUCAGUUAUUGAACCUGUCCUUAGCUGUUCAAAGGAGAGCCUUCAAGGAGAGACAGUGGUCCAAGUUCAAGCACCAGAAGCUCCUGUAGAAGAUAGCACUGCAGCCAGAGAUGAGGUUGCAGACACAGCUGCAGAUGCACAGCUUCCCAGUCCUCCACCUGUGAAUGAAGAGGAGCAAAAUCUAAAGCCUGUGCCGGAGCCAGCUCAGCAAUCAGGACACAAGCAGUACUGCUGUGAGGUGUGUGGGAAGAUCUUCAAACACCCGAGCAACCUGGAGCUGCACAAGCGCUCGCAUACCGGCGAGAAGCCCUUUCAGUGCAACGUUUGUGGAAGAAACUUCUCACAGACGGAUUCUGUCUUACAGGCUGGAAAUUUACAGACACAUUUGCGGCGUCAUUCUGGGGAAAAACCAUACAUCUGUGAGCUGUGUGGGAAAAGCUUUACUGCAUCAGGGGAUGUCCAACGUCACAAAGUGGUGCACACAGGAGAGAAGCCACAUCUGUGUGACAUAUGUGGCCGAGGAUUUAACAACUUGAGCAAUCUAAAGGAGCACAAAAGGACUCACGCGACAGACAAGACGUUCACCUGUGACCAGUGUGGAAAGUCCUUUAACACGCACAGAAAGCUUCUGAAGCACAAGGCCCGGCAUGCUGGGGAAAAACCUCAUAGCUGCGCCACCUGUGGGAAGUGUUUCAUUGGCUCAGGAGACCUACAGCGUCACAUACGGUCACACACUGGUGAGAAACCUUACAUCUGCAAUACCUGUGGAAAGAGCUUUACCCGGUCUGCCAUGUUGAGAAGACAUAGCAACAUGCACUGCAAGGGGCCUCCAGUUGAGAGUCAGGUCACUGACAACUCUGAGCAGACACAUAGCGCAGAUGGCGGCACGUCAUUACCCAAAGCUGUCAGCCACAGUAAACCUGCUGCUGCCAGUGAGCAGCAUUUCUCUGCUAUGAUGCCCCACACAGAGUUAGAGAAAUCCUCAGCGCCGGCUCCUUCGCCACCACAAGCAACACCACAUAUAGAGACUUCACCUCCCAGCAUUCAACUGAGCCCAGGAUCUACCCCGCUUCCAGAGCUGCGCUCCCUGGUUCCCCAUCACCUCCUUUCAUCUGGCCACCAGGAAAGAACUGCAACCCUAUCUGCCACAGAUCGUACGAAGCUGGCCAAACCCCACGUAUUGCAGGAAGCGCCAUAUGGUCCGUAUGUCGAGAACGGGAACAUGCCAAUGGAUAGAGGCCCAGCGGGGAGGCCCUACCUGCCUCCUACAGACAAUUACUGCAGUUCCCUCACAGGGACAAGCAGGCCCUAUAGGUCCAGUGAAGGCCAGUUUAUCUCCAGUGUAACUCUGUGGGGCCUAGCAAUGAAAACGCUCCAGAAUGAUAAUGACAUGGAGCAGUAGCAUGUCAUGUCACACAGCAUAGCCGGAUCAGCUACCCAGUGUUUUAAGUGAAGUUUACUCAACUGAAUCAUAUUUCUACCACCUGGAUCAUGAGGGCCAUCAAAUCAGAAAGGACGGGGCCUUCUCUCUCGCUAGUCUGCUAAGUAGACUUGACCGGAGAGCAGCUAGAACAGCAGCUUGCUUGAGACAAAUGGUAAGCUGAGUGGCUGUUCAAGACCCAGUAUAAGAUAUUAUCCUGAACUCUAAAUCAUGCAAAACUGAGGUCUGCAAGGCACUGACGUCGCAGUGCAACAGGAAUUUUCAGGGCUCUGUGAUUCAGUGGAGUUUAUUGUUUGAAACUUUAUUGUUCCAAAUCUAAACAUCCCAGGAUGCAUCAUGCAUCAGCUACAGUCUUUCAUUUGGUUUGUACCGCGCUGCACUUUAAGAUGUAAAGAAAUGGGCUUGUUACUGAUUAAAUAUUAGUGCAAGAUCUCUCUGUGAUAUAUUUAUGUAAGAAUUAAAGACCUACCCUUUC